CAGGGAAGCCGGGCAGCGCUCACCGCCAGCUCCGCCAUGCUGCGGGCCCAGCAGGCCGCGCCGUCUCCAUGGCAACGGUGGCGCAGCGCCCCGGGCCCGCUUCCACUUGGGCCUAAGAAGCACCUGCGGGCCUCGGCCCCACCCUGCAGGCCUCGCCCUCCCCCCGUAGUCCUCAACUUCCCCUCCCUCCCCCCCGCCAGGCCCGCCCCGGCCGCAGGGUGCUGGGGUUGUGCUGGAGCUGUGCCUGGUAUGCUGUGAGCUCGUCCCCUGCCCCUGUGACACCCAGCUGUCUCUGGGCCUUGUCCGUCUGCGCUGGCAGCAGCGGCUGUCAGCAGACAGCACAGAGCUCCCACACCACCGCUCAGAGGUGGAGUUUCUCCUCCUUUGUCUCCUCCCGGAGCAAGCUCUUCAUGACAGAAACCUUCCCAGGCAGCAUCCAGAGCGUGGACAGCAGUUUCAUCUGGGGACAGAGAGGACAGUAGCAUCGGGGACAAGGACACCUGCUCCCCCCCUAUCCCAGGGCACGUGCUGCAGACCAUGGGAAAUGGCAUGAGCAAGAUCCUCCCUGGCCUUUACUUGGGAAACUUCAUUGAUGCCAAAGACCUGGAGCAGCUAAGCCGGAACAAGAUCACCCACAUCGUGUCAAUCCAUGAAUCUCCCCAGCCCCUGCUGCAGGACAUCACCUACCUCCGCAUUCCCCUGCCAGACACACCUGAGGCCAGCAUCAAGAAGCACUUCAAGGAAUGCAUCAGUUUUAUCCACCAGUGUCGCCUGCAAGGAGGGAACUGCCUCGUCCACUGCCUGGCUGGGAUCUCCCGCAGCACCACCAUCGUCGUUGCCUACGUCAUGGCUGUCACAGAGAUGAGCUCUCAGGAGGUGCUGGAGGCCAUCAGAAGCGUGCGACCUGUUGCCAACCCCAACCCUGGCUUCAAGCAGCAGCUGGAGGAGUUCAGUGGCAGUGCAGCCCGCAAGAUGCGCAGGCACCUGAAGCAGAGGUAUGGGACGUCCCCUUUCAAUGACGAGGAAGAAAUCAAGGCCCUGCUACCAGUGGGGAGAGGAAGAGCAUCUCAAGCAGAGGGAGCUCGGCAAGGACUGGUACCAAGAGCCAGGGACAUCAAGAGCACUGCUCCCUUCCUGCUACGGGUGAAGAGGACGUUCUCCUGCAUUCCAGCUUGUCUGAAGUGAUCCCAGCCCGGAUCACCUCAUGGCCUGGUAAAGACUAAGGAGCUGCAACAGCAGAGAAGUGCCACAUCGCAGA